AUGAUGAUCGUCGGCGACACGUUCGGCUUCUACCAACUCGUUCUGAGAAAGCAUGCGUGCAGGUAGGCCACGCGGUGCCCCAAUAGCUCUGGGCGUCCCCCAAAACUGCCUAAAAAACCGGACAAAAUGAGCUCAAAGUCGGCUCGAAUCGAAAUUGCACUUUUCGCUUCCAGACUCCGCUACAUUCUACACCAACUGAACAGCGGUCAAUUGCCGUUGGAGGACCUCAAACGCAAUAUUGAGUAUGCGGCGUUGGUGCUCGAAACGGCGUAUAUGGAUGAGACGAGGUGAGCCGCGCCGCGAAUUAUUUAUGGGGAAACGGAUGAUAGCGACUUACUGACUUGUUUAUUAUAUAUGUUUUACGGGCAAGAUGAUAGAUAGAUAGCGAAUAUGGUUGCGAAGUGUCCAUAGCUGGAGCGUGCAUGGUUGCGUUGAAGGGAUUGACAAUAGCUAGACACUUUGCAACCAAACUCAUUCAUGAUGAAGCUAACAAAGUCGCUGAUUGAUAGAGCAAGCACGGUCUCCAGAGCUGACAAAAUGGGUGGCGUGGCCUCGGCGCCCAAAUGGCGUUUUCAUGAAUUGAGCACGUUUUCUCUGAUUUUUGUGGUCAAAAGCGAUGAAAAAUGAUUGUUCGACAUGAAAACACACUAAUUCUCAGAAUAAAUGACUCACGGUCUCCCAGGGGGCGCUAAUGCUAAACACAGUGCGCUCGUAAAUUGCGGAGUGUCGUUGUAACUUUUUUGAAAAUUUGCACGUCUAAAAAUGCAGUUCAAUUCGAGUUUACGACCUUUAUUUCUAUCUUUUUGACUUGAAAAACGUCUAGAAAACAAUAUUUUACUGUGCGGAAACCGUUCUUUACAGAAUUUAGAGUUUUUCAUGUUUUUCGCAUUUCGUCAAAACAUCAAACCUUUAUAUUUCAGCUCAUUUUGCAUUUCAUGAGCCAGAAGAACAAUAAAAAUGUUCGCUGAAUCUUUCUUCACAAAAUUCAGGUUCCGGCGGUUUUCUUGAGCAGUUUUCGCGAAAACUAUUCGAAAAACAUCAAAAUCCAGGCCAAAACGUUCAAAUCGAAAUAACUCGGCUAAUUCUCAACGAUAUGCGAGAUUUCUGUUACCAAAACGUAGCUAGUGCUCUAAUUAUUCGACGCCAAGUUCCAGGCGUACAAAAAAUAGAUGUAUUGUACAGAAAACAUGGAAAGAAUGCGAACUCCCGUUGAAAAUUAAUUAAUCGGCGUAAAUCGACACAGCUCGCCCGUUGCAAGUGCGCCCCAUUGAAAUCAUUCGCGCCGUGGGAGACCGUGAAAACCGCACUUCUCAUUUUGCGCUUUCUUGACCGUUUUCCGGCAGAAUUGGUUUUGAGAAUGAUAAAUCACGUAAAUACAAGCAUUUUGAGCGCUCGAACCGCGAAAACUACCGAAAAGCAACUGAAAUUCACGCAGUUUUAGCCAAAUACCUUCAAACGGAUAAAUGUGAUUUGCGACUUUUCCAAAUUUAACGCUCUUUCGCAUAAAAAAUUCGUAAUGGCCUAUACAAUCGGUCUAUCGAGAAAAAAAUGAGAAAUUAUCGAUUUUUCGUGGCUAAUCUCGCAAAAAACACAAAUUUUGCUGUUAAAAUUUGAAUUUCGCGCCUAUUGGGUGGGGGCGCACUUGCGCGCCCAUUGUCAGCUCUGAGGAGACCGUGAGCAUGAAAUAUGUAGAGAGCAGUCGCCGAUUCCCUUCCCGCACUCGUACUCCCGAUUCCACGUCACCAAUGUUCUCCUCCUCAUAGGUAUCCUUAUAGACGAAUAUGCGACGAAGACGACGAUCUGGCGGAGGUGACGCCGGAGACGGUGCCCGAAGAGGUGCGCGAGUGGUUGGCCGAAACGUUCACGCGCCAGAACGCCGGCAAGAAGCGCGACAAGCCAAAGUUCAAGAGUGUCGCCAACGCGAUCCGCACCGGCAUCUUCUUCGAGAAAUUGUUCCGGAAGCAGCAAGUGGUGCAGUGUCCGAUGCCGCCGGAAAUUGCCGAACUGAUGAAGGAGGUCUCGAACUGGUCGUUCAACCCGUUCCAGCUCAACGAGGUCUCCGAGGGACACGCGUUGAAAUACAUUGGAUUCGAGCUGUUCAACCGCUACGGAUUCAUGGAUCGAUUCAAAGUGCCGUUGACGGCUCUGGAAAACUAUUUGGGCGCGCUCGAGGUCGGCUACUCGAAACAUAACAAUCCGUAUCAUAAUGUGGUGCACGCGGCCGAUGUGACCCAGAGCUCGCAUUUCAUGCUCUCGCAGACCGGACUCGCGGUGAGUCCAUGCAUAUCUUUGUUGUUUGUGAAGACAUCAAAAAGUGGUCAACAGAGAAAAUAUAGAAAAAGUCUUGACGAACAUUUUAUUAGUUGAGAACUUUCGGAUAUCUCUAACGCAAAACGAGAUAUUGGAGUUUUGUUCUAAUAGCAGAGUUGAGCGGAAGAACUCAACGGAAGAACACGAAAGAAUUUUUAUAUUUUUUUGAAAAUUUUUUCAUGGAAUGUGGUCAACUGACGAAAUGUAUAGAAAAGUGAACUCUGCGCACAGAAAAAUAAUUGUAAAUUUAGCGAUUCAUACAAAAAAGUUAAGGGCUAGCCGAACACGGAAGGACAUUUUCACGGAACAACUCGAAUAACUUUUUUGCAUAAAUCGCUAAAUUUACAAUUAUUUUUCGAUGAGCAGAGUUCACUAUGCUAAACAUUUCGUCAGUUGAUCGCAUUUCAUGAAAAAAUUUUCCAAAAAAGAUAAAAAUUCUUCCGUGUUCUUUAGUUGAGUUAUUCCGCUCAACUCUGUCUAAUAGUGAUAGCGUUCAUACAAAACACCUAUAUCUCAGCUGCCGGUAGAGAUAUCAAAAUGCUUUUAACUAAUGAAACGUUCAUCUUAAAAUUUUGUACAUUUCAUCAAUUGACAACAUUUUGAUAUCUCUACGGACAGCCGAGAUACAUCGUUUUGAACAAACGUCGCUUGUCGUUCUAGUAAGCACUGCUUAGAAACAAGAACAUAUCUCAAGAACGAAGCAUUUUGAAGCAUUUUGAUCAAUCACAAAGUUGUAGAAGACAAAAUUUGCCGCAACUUUCAUGUUGACCAAUUUCUCAAAUAAUUCUUGGUUCCCGAGAUAUAGGCGUCAAAAGUUGAAGCUCUGUCCAACAGUCAGCUCAAAUUGCAGAACUCUCUGGGCGAUCUGGAGCUGCUCGCCGUGCUGUUCGGCGCGCUGAUCCACGACUACGAGCACACGGGCCACACGAACAACUUCCACAUUCAGUCGCAGUCGCAAUUCGCAAUGCUCUACAACGAUCGCAGUGUGCUCGAGAAUCACCACGUGUCGUCGUGCUUCCGACUCAUGAAAGAGGAGGACAAGAACAUUUUGACGCACCUGACACGCGACGAGUACAAGGAGCUCAGGAAUAUGGUCAUUGAGAUUGUGCUCGCCACCGACAUGUCCACCCAUUUUAUGCAGAUCAAGACGAUGAAGUCGAUGCUGAGUCUGCCCGAGGGGUGAGAGCGACUGACUCGAAUUUUAGAGCCCGUCAUCGUUUCAGAAUCGACAAGAACAAGGCGUUGUGCCUGAUUGUGCACGCGUGCGACAUCUCGCAUCCGUCGAAACCGUGGCUUCUGCACGAGCGUUGGACCGAAGGCGUUCUCGAAGAGUUCUUCCGGCAGGGAGACCUCGAAGCGUCGAUGGGCCUACCGUACUCGCCGCUUUGCGAUCGGCACACCGUACACGUGGCCGACAGUCAGAUCGGCUUCAUCGAUUUCAUCGUCGAACCGACGAUGGUCGUUUGUGGAGAGCUGCUCGUUAAAAUGGUUCGUCUACACCAGUGUUGAGCGGAAGAGCUCAACGCAAAAACACGGAAGAAUUUUUUUAAUCUUUUUUAGAAAAUUUUUUCAUGGAAUGUGAUCAACUGACGAAAUGUAUAGCAAAGUGAACUGUGCUCAUAGAAAAAUAAUUGUAAAUUUAACUUUUCAUACAAAAAAGUUAUUCGAGUUGCUAACGGAAGACGGGAGGACAUUUUCACGGAACAACUCGAAUAACUUUUUUGUAUGAAAAGCUAAAUUUAAAAUUAUUUUUCUAGGGGCAGAAUUCACUUUGCUAUACAUUUCGUCAGUUGAUCACAUUUCAUUAAAAAAUUUUCUAAAAAACACGGUCUCCAGAGCUGAAAAUGGGCGCGCAAGUGCGCCCCGCCCAAUAGAGCGAUGCAUUGGCGCGAAAUUCAAAUUUUAACAGCAAAAAUUGUGUUUUUUGCCAGAUUAGCCACGAAAAACCGAUAAUUUCUCAUUCGUCUCUAGAUAGACCGAUUGUAUAGGCUAUUACGAAUUUUUUAAGCGCAAGAGCGUUAAAUUUGGUCAAGUCGCAAAUCACAUUUAUCCGUUUGAAGGUUUUUAGCUAAAACUGCGUGAAUUUCAGUUGCUUUUCGGUAAUUUUCGCGGUUCGAGCGCUCAAAAUGCUUGUAUUUACGUGAUUUAUCAUUCUCAAAACCAAUUAUGUCGGAAAACGGUCAAGAAAACGCAAAAUGAGAAGUGCGGCGAAGACGAAAAAGCAAAGUCGGCGAAAAAUGCGCCAAAACGUCAUUAAUUCUGUGAAAAUUAGUGUGUUUUCAUGCCGAACAAUCAUUUUUCAUCGCCGUUGACCACAAAAAUCAGAGAAAACCUGCUCAAUUCAUGAAAACGCCAUUUGGCCGCCGAGGCCACGCCCAUAUUGUCAGCUCUGGAGACCGUGAAAAAGAUAAAAAUUCUUCCGUGUUCUUUCGUUGAGUUCUUCCGCUCAACUCUGGUCUACACUGUGUUAUUUCCGGUUUCAGGUUGAGCCGCUCGUCUCGCUGCCGCCGACGGAUUCGCUGUUCCCACCGAGUGUGGAGGGCGACGACAAGUCGCCGUCGAAUGCGUUGAGUCCACUGCCCGAUCUGUUUGUUUUCGCUUUUUUUUCCCCGAUUUUUCUUCUCUCUUUCUCUCUCUCUAAUGCGGUUAUUCAGGCUGUGAAAAAAAUGAUUUUUUUCCGUUUUUUUUUUCGUUUUUUUACGUCAAAAAAUGCAAUUCAGCGAUGUAAAAAAACGAAAAAAAAACGGAAAACAAACAUACGCUGAAUAGCCCCAUAACUUUUCGUGUUGCGCGGCCCACGCUAACCCCUGAUUCGCCGGCGCCCAAACGAUCACCGACCUUUAGUUCCAGACGAAACUCGUCGACGUCGCCGUCGUCGUCGAUUCGCAAAAUUCCGCUCAAUUAUUGCGGAAAGCUCGACAUUCCGACGCCGUGGAUACGCUUUUUGCACGAGAACAAGUUGCAUUGGAAGGAACGCGCGGCGAAAGGUAAGAGUGCGCGCUCCGAUGAUGACAAUUCGCAACGGAGCACAAAGCCCGUUUUGCAGAGGAGGAUGAGCGGAAGACGAAAGAGGCGGCCGAGGCGGAAGCGGCGGCGAAGCAAGUCGAGGAGAACAAGGAGAAUGGUUGCCGAUUGCACAUUUUCAGAUAAUUUUCACACAUUUCAGGUGCUCCAGGUAAAUGA